CCUGUAUUUUGUUACCAUAGCUUCUAGCAAAGAAGUAAAAUUAUAUUCUUUUCUUCGUGAGAUUGAGUUAAAAAAUGGGUCUUUCGUGGUGCUAUUUUCUUGGAAUUUUACUUAUUAUCAUAAAUAAUACAGUAACUCUAUGCAGUGGAGGAAUUACGAGCAGUUAUAUUAGGAAAGUCGAGAGCAGUGAGGAUAUGCCUCUUCAUAGUGAUGUCUUUAAAGUCCCCCGUGGCUACAAUGCACCUCAACAGGUUCAUAUAACGCAAGGGGAUCACGUGGGCAAAGGAGUGAUUGUCUCAUGGGUGACAAUGGAUGAACCUGGCUCCAAUAAAGUAUUAUACUGGGAAGCCAAUUGCAAGAUUAAUAGAAAAAAGGCAAAAGGAACUGUCACUACCUACACAUACUACAAAUAUACUUCUGGCUACAUUCAUCAUUGUACCAUCCAAAACUUGAAGUAUAACACCAAAUAUUAUUACAUGGUUGGAAUUGGGCACACAACACGAACCUUCUACUUUGUUACUCCACCACCAGUAGGCCCCGAUGUACCGUAUACAUUUGGUCUUAUAGGGGAUCUUGGACAGACAUACGAUUCAAACAUGACGCUUACUCACUAUGAAAUGAAUCCAAUCAAAGGACAAACACUUUUAUUUCCUGGAGACCUGUCUUACGCAGAUAAUUAUCCAAAUCAUGACAACAAUAGAUGGGACACAUGGGGAAGGUUUGUUGAGAGAAGUCAUGCUUAUCAACCUUGGAUUUUUACUGCUGGCAAUCACGAUAUUGAUUGGGCUCCUGAAAUCGGUGAACCAGAACCAUUUAAGCCAUAUACUAAUCGAUAUCCUACCCCUUACAAAGCAUCAAGAAGUACUUCUCCUUUGUGGUACUCAAUCAAGAGGGCAUCUGCAUAUAUCAUCGUUUUAUCAACAUAUUCUGCAACUGCUACAUAUACUCCUCAGUACUAUUGGCUGCAGGCAGAGCUUCAAAAGGUCAAUAGAAAAGAAACGCCAUGGUUAAUUGUUCUUAUGCAUUGCCCAUGGUACAACAGCUACGUCGAUCACUACAUGGAAGGCGAAACCAUGAGAGUAACAUAUGAGCCUUGGCUUGUACAGUACAAAGUAGAUGUGGUUUUUUCAGGUCAUGUUCACGCCUAUGAACGAUCGAAACGUAUAUCGAACAUUGACUACAAUAUUAUUAAUGGGGAAUGUACUCCUGUGAAAAACCCGUCCGCACCUGUAUACAUAACCAUCGGUGAUGGAGGAAAUAUUCAAGGCCUUGCCACAAAAUUGACGGAGCCACAGCCUAAGUACUCAGCUUAUCGUGAGUCAAGUUUUGGGCAUGCCAUGUUUGACAUUAAGAAUCGAACUCACGCCUAUUACAGUUGGCAUCGUAAUCAGGACGGCGUUUGUGCUAAAGCGGAUAGCUUCUUGUUCUUCAAUCGUUAUUGGCACCCGGUUGAUGAAUCUUAUUAGUUUCCAUGUCACUCAAAACUUGAUUUUGGGUUUAAUUUCCUCUUUUUUUUUUUUUUUUCUCUUUACAUGUUAAGACAUCAAGACAUUGGAUUCUAUAUAUCCUUGUAAUAUUCCAGUCUCCUUAUCUGUUUCUGAAAUGUGUGCAUUGUUAGUAGA